AUGUCAGCCAUAGAGCUGUACAAACGAUUAAUGGACAACUGUGGCAAACAGCUCAACUGUAAUGACUCUUUUAACACUAGUUUUGGGGGUCUUUUGCAGAUUUCUGAUGAUGGCUCUCCCUGGCUCAGAACAGUCAUUUCGAUAGUCUAUUUUGUGGUCGCAACUACUGGAGUUUUUGGGAACCUCUUAGUUAUGUUCCUACUUUAUUCGACACGCACAAUUACUACAGGCAACAUCAAUUUCUUCGUGUUUAACUUGGCCUUGGCUGACUUCCUGUUCUCUCUGGCGUUGCCGUUUUGGGCUGUGGACAUCGCCAUGGACUACAGCUGGCCUUUCGGAUUGGCUGCGUGUAAAGCUGUCUCUUUGCUUACAGGCCUGAAUGUCUUUGCCAGUUGUUUCUUUCUCACCGCUAUGAGUUUGGCGAGGUACUGCUACGUAGCCACCGCUCUCAAACCCAAGUCUUGCAUUGGGUCAUACACGUUUCCCCUGGCAACGGCUUUGAUAUGGGCAGGAGCGCUCAUAGUGUCAAUGCCUCGAGCUGUUUUUGCUGAUCUAAAACACAUUGGUAGCAAUAAUGAUACAGCAUGCCUGCUUCGGUUCCCUGAAACAACAUGGCUUGGACUAAACCAGCUUUUAAGGGUAGUCCUUGGAUUCCUACUUCCCUAUAGUAUCAUGAUCCCAUCCUAUCUACUUCUCCUUCGAUUUCUCUGUCAACACAAACCAAAGGGUACGAAUUCCACAAGAAACACAGACAUUUCAAAGUCUGUUGCAGUGGUGGUCUUAUCUUUUUGCGCUUGUUGGUUUCCCUAUAAUGUCCUCACUUUCUGGACUAUCCUCAUACAGUUUGAUCUUGUAGACAUAAGUCAGUCUUUCUAUUCGGCUCAAACUUACUUUUUUCCCAUUGCAAACUGCUUGGCAUUUAGCAGCAGUUGCUUCAACCCGGUCAUCUACUGCCUAGUUCGGAAAGAGUACCGUGCGGCUCUCCAAAAGUUCAGUCUUGUGUCCCUAAUGUCCAAAGUCCCCUACAAUGUGCACUCAGAGCCAGGACUGGGACAAGCUGGUCCGUUAACUAUUCAGUUAAAUACCAGGUGCAGCCAGACAACAGACUCCAGGACCUAUGAGCCCCUUCUUACUCUGCCCACAACAGUCUCCAACAUGUAA